GGCCGUCAACAUCUUGACAUGAGUUUUCUCUUCAGCUCGAUUAAGAACCUCACCGUCGGCGGUACGGGGAUCGGCGGUUCGUCAGCUGCCGGCAGUACCACCACCAACACCACCACUCCUACCACAUCCAACACUGGCCCGAUCGUCAGCUGCUAUCAAGAAUCGGAAGAAAUGCGGUACAAUGCUUUAUCACCACCACCACCACCUCCUCCGCCACCCCCGUCAGCCUCCAGCUCCGACUACAACAUCAGCAAAAAGAUGGGCGUCCCGGACACGCAGUCCGACUUCAACCAAUGGCUGCACGCGAUGAAGAUGGUGGCCCGCCUACCCGGCGGGAUGCCUUCAGAAUUUCGGCGAAAGCUCUGGAUGGCUUUAGCCGACCGGUAUCUGAAGACGCGCUCGAUCAACUGGGAGGAAGAAUCGGCCAAAUGCCUUAGCGAACAGUCGGACGAAGAUGACGAGGAGCUGGGCAUACAGAUUGUGAAGGAUCUGCAUCGGACCGGCUCGGCCCUUUGUUCCGGUCCGUCCGGAACGAUCAAUCAGGGCAAGCUGAAGCGUGUACUGCUGGGCUACUCGCGAUUUAACCCGGAGGUGGGUUACUGUCAGGGAUUCAACAUGCUCGGUGCGCUGAUCAUGCAGGUUAUGGAUAAGAGUGAAUCGGACUCGAUCAAGGUAAUGAUCCUGCUGAUCGAGGGUUUGCUUCCGGCCGGCUACUUCUGUGGUUCGCUCGGUGGACUGCAGGCCGAUAUGGCUGUGUUUCGUGAUUUGCUUGGAACGCGCCUCCCGAAGUUGGCCCGUCAUCUGCAGAAACUGCAAGGCCCGGAGGGUGCCUUCGAGCCACCUCUGACGAAUGUGUUCACGAUGCAAUGGUUUCUGACGCUGUUCUGCACCUGCCUGCCAAUACCGCUGGUGCUGCGCGUCUGGGAUCUUAUACUGAUCGAAGGAAGUGAUGUGCUGCUUCGCACAGCGCUAGCGAUAUGGGGAAUUUUAGAAAGCAAAAUUCUUGCCACCAAAACGGCCGAUGAUUUUUACUGCAAAAUGGGAGCCCUUUCGUCCGAGCUUGUCAACGGCAGUUUGGUGGACUCGAACGCUCUGAUACAGCGAGUGGUUGACAUUGGACCAAUAACAGACCUGCAGAAACUACGGGAAAAGCACCUCAACAGUAUUACACAGCUAAAGGAUACUUCCAACCUAAAGAUUUUCUACUCCGACGACGAGGGAGAAUCGGACGAAGACUCACGGCUAGCCGUAACAGCAACCGCCUGGGGUCUACGGUCCGGUCGGCGAGCUUCCUUAGGGAUUCCACCCAACUUUGCCCGCGCUGAAGGUAAAGAGAAGAUGAAUUUGGACAUCUCCCUGCUGAAGAAACAGUACGACAAGUUGCGCGAACGACAGCGGCAGGCACAUAUCAUCCUAACUGCGGCCGUCGCACGUCAACCCACCAACCCAUCCCCUAACGCUGGUACGCUUCAGGUGAACCAGCUGCUCGUUGGCAAAAAUGCUCUGCUCAGUGCCAAAGGCAAACGUCUCGGACCACCGCAAGGUGCCGUACCGCCCGUCAGGUCGGCGAAAUCCUCCAAACAAUCCAGCAAGCAGUCCGGUGGUCCAAAGUCUCCCAAACCUGUCGAAACCCUGCACUGGAAAGAUAUGGACGAGACGAAGCAACGCCGCAACAGCCUCAAGUGGAAAGAUCUGCCGAAAGAUGCGGUAAAAAAGCAGCCACAAUCGCAACAGCGUGAAGAUGCCUCCAAACCAGAAAGUUCGCCGAAGCUUAAGAAAUCGGCUAGCGCUUCGUCGGCCAUUAGCAAUCUAUCGGAAACGGGUAGCAGUGGAGGUGAUGGAUCGUCCGGGGCGCGCACCGGAGCACUAAAGCGUCGCAGUGAAUCGUCGUCCUACAGUGAGGAAUCGGACGCAGAAUCCAGCACCAGUACGUCGCUAUGCGAUGACGACAAUCAACCGCUUAGCGCUUCCUCGCUGGAAGCGUCACCGAUGAAACGACGAAUAACGCCGGAGUCUAUCAUCCGGGAAGUGCCUGACGAAGACGCGAAACUGGUUGUGAUCGUGCCGAGCGACAGUGAGCUUACCGACAUCAAGGAGGAACCCUCAUCGUACGGAGAUGACGAGGAAGGCGAACUUAGUAGAGCGUCGGAGGUGGACUUACAGAUAGUUACCGAGCUACUUAGCCCUGUGUCGGAUGUUGUGGCACUGGAGCAAUCAGAAAAAUUGUCACCCAUAGUCCCGCGACUACCCGAGCUGGAAGAUAAGUCUCUCUCGAUUGCCAUUACGAGCACGAGUCAGCUGUCGCCCAUUCCCGACAUCAGCAAGUACGUUAGCAUGUCCACUAUAAGCCCUCUCAAGACGCCAUCCUCGAUGAGGGACUAUUCGGACUAUCUGGCAAACAUACCGACCGACAGCACCGCCACCGUGGAGGCUACCAAAAGCUCCACACCGAUGGUGGAAGUUGCACGCGUCGAAACUGACCCAGAAUCGUUCAAAGUAAGUGACGAAGGUGUCACGAACGCACUGUUCGAGCGUAUCAAUGCAGCCGAACGGCCCAGCAAGCUCGAUCUGAACGUUAUCAAAGAGCGACGAGUAAGCGAAUCACUCGUAACCACCGCCGAGAGUGUUUUGGAUCGAAGCGAUGCAACCUCGAAACUCGACAACUAUAGCUUUACCAACGUAUCAAACCGAUCGUCAAUGUCAUCGUCGUUUGUGCUGGAGCUGCCGAUCAAGAGCACUCUACAGCACGAUAGCCCACUGCUUCCACCGAGCGUAGAUCUUGCCUCGGUAGUUGACCGGGAAUCGACCAAACAGCCAAAAUACCAAAUUGCCGAUGCACUCAACACCCCAACGCCGCAGGAAGACACGCACGAAAGUCCGGAAGACAUAGAACGAUACCUUGCCAAUCGGGUCAAGUUCCUGAAGGAGAAAUCUUUCUCCAUGGAUGAUCCAAUCAAGGGUGAGGAUUUGCCGCCGGAAGACAUCUCGAAACGAUCCGCCUCGGAGGGAUUGGUGGCCGUCGAUACGAAUCCACUCAAGAGCGAUAAAAUGCUGGAGAUUAUCAAAGAGAACUCGCUCAUUCUCGGUAGAAUAGUGCGCAAGUCGCGUGACCAGGACCAGGAUCAGCGAACGGAUCAGCUGAUCAAGCAGGACGAAACAGAAAUGCUCAUCAAAACGAUCGAACAGCUGCCGAGUUUGCAGAUGGACGAAGAGUCGCUCGAUCUUAAGAUAUCUCACACUGUGAAUGAGAUGUUGGAAAAGUCUCACGUGGACAAACCGCUCCUAUCUCCUUUCCGGUUGAAGUUUGACAGUGAGCCUAGUGCAGUUCUCAGCGAAGAUCCAAACCCUAGUGAGAGUAUAAAAUCCAAAACGGAUCUCUUAAUACAACGCACCGAAGAACAGCUGGCACGAUUUGCACCUCCCGAGCCAACGUACUACGUGCGUAAGGACAACUUCCGGGAGAUUAUAUCACCGGAGGAGGAAAAAGUUACGGACCCUGUUCGCGAACCCACUCCUCCUCCUCCUCCGGUUCCACAACCACAACCCGCUGCAGCGACCGUAAAAGACCCGGAUCCGUGUCCUGCGACACCGCAACCCUUAAACUUAAGCUUUAACGCCAUCGAUACGAGGGCAGUUUCAUCCAAAACUGAGGAAUUGAUCAAGAAAACGGAGGAACAACUAGCGCGCUUUCGCACACACGAUAAAAAGAUGAUAGACAAGCUGGAAAAGCGGCUGUCACUGAUCGACAUGAAACUGGGUGAAAAUACGCUAGCGCCAACUUCCCUUACAACGACGGUAGCAUCGAGUAAAACGGAAGAAGUGUUGAAAAAAUCGGAAGAGCAAAUUUCGCGCCUGGCACUGGCACGCAAAUCGCCGACACGCUUUAAGCUCACCGACACCGACCACACCGAUCUGAAGCCGCUCAGCAUGAAGACGGAGGAGUUGAUAAAGAAAACGGACGAACAGCUGGCAAGGUUUAAAGCGUCCGCCGAAAGUACAGCAGAAAAGCGCAAAAGCCGUCACGAGAUUGACGAGCUGCUGAAGCCGGAAAACAGCUCGGAAAGGCUGUUGAGCCGAUCUUGCGAAUCGAUUCGCAGUGAGGACUUCUCGGCGCGUGAUCCCGAGGAAGCGGUGAUCAUAAGGCACGCGAAGGAGGAAAUCUUGCGCACGAUCAAAAUACCGGACGAUGUGAAAAGCUCCAAGACGGACGAAAUCAUCAAGGGCAUCGAAGAUGGGAAGAUUAAGCUGGGCGAUGACUACAUCACAACCAUCAAGACGAUCGACUAUUUGAAGCGGUCGAACGCGAACAUGCUUGCAACGCUUUCGUCGAUCGAGAAUUCGAUUAAAACGAUCGACGGGUACUGCGACUACGAGUCUGACAUUCAGUCGGACCGGAUUAACGAUACGAUAGAUAAUUUGGAGAAAUCUCUCAAACAGUUCGAUUCCCAUGGGGACACUGGUGGAGGGUUGGCGAGCCCAACGCGAAACUGCACAGCGGAACCACCGCUCGUGAUGGUUCACGAUUAUUCUACCACCCACCACGAAUCGCGCUGUCGCCCGACGUCGUGCAAUCGACCGAGUCGGCCCCGCAAACGGAAAGAAUACUCACCCCGACGGCGAAAGGACAAGAGUAAUCGCGAAGGUGACAAGAGUGCUAGCAAUCGAUCGCGCAAGGACCAUAGCAGCGAUUACUCGUCCGACAAUCAGUCGCUCGAUCGCGAAUCACCCAAAACGUACACAUACGCAUCGUACUACAGCCAUUCGCCACCGAUGACACCGCGGUUAGCGUCACCUUCCCGCAAGCUCCCGGAACCGAACGUUCGGCCAACGACGCUCAAGAGUACAUCGCACGAUCGGUACACGUUGCAUCUGCAGCGCGACACUGGUCCGGUGGUAAAGUUUGACAAGUCACCCUCUUCGCCGAUCAUCACCAAGGCCUACCUGGAGUCGCUAAAACCUGCCACACCGGUCGCUUCCGGGCGGACUACACGUUCGGCGGAAAACUCUCCACCCUAUCAUCCUACCCAACCACCCGCCCUCUCCCCAACAACAUCGGUUAACAUUGGCCGGUACACGGGUACGCUGCGUAGUUCCACCUAUCACGAUACGGAACAUUCGCACAUCAAGAGCUGCGAGAACAUUAUGAUGCGGUUUGAUUACGAGAAAAUCUCUGCCAUUGCGGCCAGCUUCCCGAUCAGCAGUGCCCUGUCACCAUCGCCCACCAAGUACAGCAGUUUGGACUUUAAGCAGGACAGUGCGCUCAAUCUCGGGCUAGCGACGUCACCGAACAAGAAGUCCCUACAUUAG